GGUGUGCAAGUGCGAGAGUGAGACCGACAGUAGAGUCCAUCGUGGAAAAAUGGCUUUACUCGCGAGAAACAUCUGCAAGAUAUUUUCGCAGACUGCCCAAAAAGGAACUAUUAGGGCACUACAUGUGGGAGCAGUACGUCAACAGGAUACCUCAAUUGAACAAGAAGGUAAGGUAAAAUGUACCCUCAUACCAGGAGAUGGUGUCGGACCAGAACUAGUUGUGUCAGUUCAAAGUGUUUUCAAAGCAGCAAAUGUACCGGUUGAAUUUGAACCAUACUUCCUUUCUGAAGUAAACCCCACUUUGAGUGCACCGCUUGAACAAGUAUCCAAUAGUAUCGCAAGAAACCAAGUAUGCUUGAAGGGCAUUUUAGCAACACCAGACCAUUCCCACACCGGGGAACUUCAAACUCUGAACAUGAAACUGCGUAAAAGUUUAGACUUGUAUUCAAAUGUUGUUCAUGUAAAAUCUUUACCUGGCAUUAAAUGUCGUCAUAAGAAUGUGGACUGUAUUAUUAUCAGAGAACAAACAGAAGGAGAAUACUCUGCAUUAGAGCACGAAUCUGUGAAGGGAGUGGUAGAAUGUUUGAAGAUAGUAACAGCAGCUAAGAGUCAAAGAAUCGCAAAAUUUGCAUUCGAUUAUGCAGUGAAACAUAAUCGUAAGAAAGUCACUUGCGUUCACAAAGCUAACAUCAUGAAACUUGGCGAUGGUCUCUUCUUAAAAUCGUGCCAAGACAUUGCUAAGAUGUACCCUAGAAUUACCUUUGAAACAAUGAUUGUGGAUAAUUGUACAAUGCAAAUGGUAUCUAAUCCACACCAAUUCGAUGUAAUGGUACUGCCAAAUUUAUAUGGUAAUAUUUUAGAUAAUCUUGCAUCUGGAUUAGUCGGUGGUGCAGGUGUAGUUGCAGGUGCUAGUUACAGUCCGGAGUGCGUUGUCUUUGAGCCGGGUGCAAGACACACAUAUUCCGAGGCUGUUGGUAAAAAUGUUGCAAAUCCUACCGCUAUGCUUCUGUGUGCCGUGAAAUUAUUGCGUCACGUUAAUUUAAAACGUUAUAGCGAACAACUCAAAGAUGCACUAAACCGUGUCUUAAACGAUGGAAAAGUAUUGACGAAAGAUUUAGGUGGUCAGAGUUCUACAACAGAAUUCACUACUGCUGUAAUCAAUUGUCUUCGUUAAAUAAUUAUUAUCAUGAGGUCUCUGUAAACUUCAAAGAAACUUAUGUAACAUAGAAUGAUAUAGAAUAGACGCAUUGUGCUCCUUUCAAGUUAUCGGACAUGUUUUAAACUAUAAUUUCAAAUUGUACAGUAUUACUCCGAUAUAGACUGUACUUAGGUUAUCUGCUUUAAAUGUAAAUUAUGAUAGAAUUUUAUUUAAAACGAUUAUAUUCUGUGAAUAGAAACGUGCCACUGAAAAUUUAUUUAUUUUAAGAUAUUUACCAGUUGUAUGAUAACAGUGUAAUACUCGAAUUGUACAUUAAUAAAUUAUACUGUCUCCCAC